ACCUCGUUUGAUUCAAUUCAAUCCUAUUGAUUUCGAUCACUGCAUCAGCUCAAUUUAAAAACUAAAGCAGGUUGAAAUCAACAAGAGAAAGAAAAGAUGUUGGAGAAAAUUGGGCUGCCGCCGAAGCCAUCACUGAGGGGGAAUGCUUGGGUGGUCGACGCCUCAAAUUGCCAGGGAUGUUCCUCACAGUUCACUUUCAUCAAUCGCAAGCACCAUUGCCGCAGGUGUGGAGGCAUAUUUUGCGGCAGCUGUACCCAGCAAAGGAUGGUAUUGCGUGGUCAAGGCGACUCACCGGUCCGUAUCUGUGAACCGUGCAAAAAGCUAGAAGAGGCUGCACGGUUUGAAUUGAGAUAUGGACAUAAAAAUAAAUCUUCUAGAGCUAUUGCAGGUGGUUCGAAGCAUGCUUCAAAGAAAGAUGAAGAGAUUUUGAAUCAGAUUCUCAGUAACGAGAAUGGGCAUUCCUCUUCACAAAGAGGCAGCGCAUCAUGUUCAAAUAUUUCCGAAGUAGCUAGUCAGGUUGAAGGUACAGAUGUAGUUAGAAAUCUCUCUCUCGAUAAGUCUACUUUCACGUUGACAGAGUCAGGAUCUGUCACCCCAGAAGAUUUACGCCAGCAAGCUCUACUUGAAAAACAGAAGCACAGAACUUUGAAAGCUGAAGGAAAACCCGAAGAAGCAUUAAAAGCUUUUAAAAAAGGGAAAGAGCUUGAAAGGCAAGCUACAGCAUUGGAGUUAGCUUUGAGAAAAAGUAGUAAAAAGGCUUUUUCGUCAAGCAACAUAGAUGAUAUUCAACAGAACAAAGAUGAAGCUAAAACCUCUGGUCUGAAAAACAAAAUCCCGUCUCAAAAGAGUAAAGGAACAGACGAUGUUUCUGCCGAACUCAAGGAACUGGGAUGGUCGGAUCUAGAUCUCAACGAUGCAGAAAAAAAGCCAGCAACCAUGUCUGUGGAGGGUGAGCUGUUUUCGCUUCUCAAGGAAGUCUCUCAGAAACCUAAUAAAGAGAAGAAAACUGUCAGUGCUGAUAAAUCUAAGGUUGUUGCUCAUAAGAAAAGGGCUCUGGAACUUAAACGAGCUGGGAAUGUUGUUGAGGCCAAGGAAGAACUUAAGAGAGCUAAAAUUCUUGAGAGGAAAAUAGAGGAAGAGGAGCUUCUGGGUGGGUCUGAUGAUUCUGAUGAUGAACUUUCAUCACUAAUACGCAGUAUGGAUGCUGACGAGCGUGCUGAUUUUUCGGGGACAUAUAAAUCUAACAUGAAUUUGGAUUUCAAUCAGUUGAUUGGAAUGGCUGAUGAUAUUGCUGUGGAUGGUAAUUUCGACAUAACAGAUGAAGACAUGAAUGAUCCGGAGAUGUCUUCUGCCUUGAUAUCGUUAGGUUGGGAAGACGACGAGUCUGCAGAUUUUGAUGACCAUGGCAACGAGGUUGCAUUUUCCAAGAAGGAUUCAUUAAUAACGGAGAUUCAGUCUUUAAAGAGAGAAGCUCUAAAUCAGAAAAAAGCAGGCAACACAACAGAUGCAUUGGCACUUCUUAGAAAAGCUAAACUACUUGAAAAGGAGCUCGAAAAUUCCGAAGAUUUGAUCAAUCAGGGUUCUGCUAUACCUCAAAAAGGUGUAAUAUUGGAAUCUGUGGAAGAAUCUUCAUUUUCCAGCAGGGCGAGUGUGAAUGACGCUGGCCCUAAGUCGGCUCCAAAGAGUAAACUAAUGAUUCAGAAAGAGCUUAUUGCCCUGAAAAAGAAGGCUCUAGCACUCAAACGGGAAGGUAGAUCGGAUGAGUCGGAUGAAGAAUUGAAAAAGGCGAAGGUUCUUGAGGAGCAGCUUGAAGCUAUGAAAGAAGCUCCCACUGCAAGACAGCCAAGUAUUGGCAACAAGCAGAGUUACAGCAUAGAUGAGACUACGGAUAAUGGAGAUGAAGAAGUGACGGAUCAAGAUUUGCACGAUCCUUCGUAUCUGUCACUUUUGAAGAACUUGGGCUGGGAAGAUGAGGAUAAUGCAGAUAUAGCAUCAACUUUAAAAGAACAUAACCAGUCCCAGAAGCAUAUAGGUGGGCCCUCUAUCACCCAAUCUACCACUGAUUUUGGAGCGAAGAUGCCUAAGAAAAGUAAGAGUGAAAUUCAAAGGGAAUUGUUAACGUUGAAAAGAAAAGCUCUUGCGCUGAGACGCCAGGGAGAGGUCGAGGAGGAGGAGGAAGUGCUGAACAAGGCCAGAUUGCUGGAGGCACAGUUGAAAGAAUUUGAAGAACCAAUCAAAAUAGACGAUUCUCCCCCCAAAAACAAGGGAAUCGCAUCUGUUCAUGAAGAUUCAGAAAAGCAAGCUAAAGUUGAGAUUAGACUAGAGAAACCAGAUGGAAUACCGCAGGAGAUUGAGAAGCCACAAGAAUUGCAUGCUUCUCAAUCAACUGUUUCUCAACCAUAUUCGAGUUCCCUCCAACAAGAGAUCCUUGCGCACAAGAGGAAGGCGGUUGCCUUCAAGAGAGAUGGGAAAUUAGCAGAAGCUAAGGAGGAGCUUCGGCAGGCAAAGCUCUUGGAGAAGGGCGUGGAGGAAACACCUCAGACUACGACAACCAAAUCCAGUGACAGUUCAGCAUCCAACGUCUCGUCUGUGGACAAGGAGGCCAGUCCCAGUUCAGUUUCUAAACCGUUGUCAAGCCGUGAAAAGUUCAAACUGCAGCAGAAAUCGCUUGGCCACAAGCGUCAAGCGCUCAAGCUGAGAAGGGAAGGUAAAACAGCAGAAGCUGAUGCCGAGUUUGAACUGGCAAAAGCGAUAGAAUCGCAGCUGCAGGUGUCGGACGCUCAUGAUUCCGCUGGGCCAGCAGAUGAUGUAAGCAUCGAGGAUUUUCUCGAUCCUCAGCUCCUGUCUGCAUUGCAGUCAAUCGGGUUAAAUGAUGGACAAUCCAAAUCCAAGGCUAUAGAACGACCAGAGCCGGCCAAGAUCGAGGCGGAUGCUGAUACAGAGAGAGCUCAGCUGGUGGAACAGAUCAAGGCCGAGAAAGUGAAGGCGGUGAAGUUAAAACGCUCUGGCAAGCAAGCUGAGGCCUUGGAUGCCCUACGACGUGCUAAGCUUCAUGAGAAGAAAUUACAGUCUCUAACUUGAAGAAGAAUGAUGCUUUCAGCCUUUUAGCAUGAUUGGAAAUGUGCCAUGUAUUUUUGAAGCCAUAAUCUUAUGGAAUCUUCAUCGGUUGUAUUCAGUGUAUUAUAAAUUCAAUCUUGAGGAUAUAUAUAAUUUUUGGGGUUGAUUUUUAAAA